CAUCCACGACGCGACUGGGCUAAAGCGCGCGUUUUUUUCGUUCCCGACUACGUCGUGAUUCUAAUCAUUCUGUACAAAUGGCAGAUACAGAGAAAAGGGAUUCUUCCAGCGCAUCAAUAUCUACUGCAGCAAAGAAACCUCUUGCUGAGUUGAAAAAUGGAAAAGUUAUCUUCAAGCAGAAGCCCAUAUCGUUUGAGAAGUCGUCGGAAGCCAUGCAGGAAAUUGUCAAGUUCCGGGAGAUGAUCGAGCAGCGAAUUGAGAGUCAGGACCCCCCACUUACUUCUAUUCCAGACGAACAUAAGCCGCUGAUAGUGAAGCUUGCGCAAGAGAGUGAGAAGGGUGUCACCCCGCUUGCGAAGCAUAUCCGCUCUGAACUUCUACCAUCCUUCGAUGAGGACGAUGAUUCUUCACGCGAAAGUAUAUCAGUUGCUUUGCCUCUUCUCGUGGUGGAGCAUGCCAUUCAGUCGCUCAUGGUCAGGACGAAUUAUGGCCUGGAUGGGCCAUCGGGAUAUAAACUCCCUCCUGUUGUGUGCGUUUGGCGAUGGGAGGUCAGAGACGACUAUAGGGAUUGGCUUCCCAAGUCUGCCAGGGAGAAAGCCGAGAUAAGAAUAACUGAACGCGUCCAGGCCAAGACAGACCUUCGCGCAAUCUUCGAAAGUCUACCGCAGGAUGAACGGGAUGCAAUCCUCGACCCGAAAGGUACUAACAAGCUCCCCGCUAAAGACAUCAAUAAGCCCAAUCCACCGAGCAAUGCAACCGUCGAACAGGCUGAUGCUACAGAGCUCAAGGCCUCGACAUCCCAGCGUGAUCCGAGUGUGAGUGCCAAUGAACCCGAAAACAUCGAUUCUGGUAGUGGAACUCCAAAAGCUCGACAGCGAAAAGCUACAGAUGCAGAGAAGGCCGCCAAAGCUAAAGAGAAGGAAGAGAGGAAGGCAGCCAAGGCCGAAAAAGAGAAGAAGCAAAAGGCGACUCAAGACAAAUCCCGGUCUCUUAUGGCUAAUUUCUUCGGCAAGGCGAAGGCUCCUCCCCGCGAAUCACCGUCAAAACCCGUUUGUGGGACUUCCACUAGCGAAUCAGAUUUUCAGAAGACGUUUAAGCCUUUUGUCUUGAAGAAAGACGCAGAAAUGGCGCCAGUGAACUGGUUCUUAGAGCCUAGCAAGUCAAUUUGGAAGAAGCAGACCUCGGGGUUCAGCCAUGCAGACGCUAUCAUGGUCGAUGAUGCCCAAGCCUCGGAGAUCAAUGGCAUUGAUGUGUUCGUAUAUCGCACACCAGCAUUCAAUCAUGUCGGAGCUAAUGCGCAAGAGCGUUUCCAGGAUAUUAUACGGUCGUUGCGACCGCUUCGGCUCACGCAGCCUCGCGACCGAUCGAAAUCCUCCUUCAAAUCCUUCAGCCCAUGUAAUACGAAAGAUAUAUAUUCCCAGCUCAAUGAUGCUGAAAUAGCUGGGGAUACAUCUCAAGUUCGCUACUUAUCAAACAUCCUUAGGGACAGGAACAUGCUUCCAGCGAAGGUCUUGAUUUUCCAUGAGGAUGCACGUCCUGGCUACUAUGGUUCCUGGACGAAGAACUCGCGCAUCGUUGGUCCUAGAUCACCUUUCGCUCGUGAUCUGCUCGCCCGAGAUUACGGGUACGAUUCUGGAGAGGAGUGGGAAGAUGAAGGCGCAGCAGACGCGGACAACGUUGACGACGAUGACGAUGAGGAGGGUGACGGCGAGGAGAAUGAUUCUGAUCUGGAAAGCUGGUUAGUGGAUGAUGAUGAGAUUGAAGAAGUUGUUCCGGAUGACGGGGACCUAUCACCUUCACUUCUGGACAUACCCCUUCCCCCUCCAAAGAGGAAAGCAGAGCUUCUUAGCAAACAGCCUGAAAAGAAGCGGAAGAUAGUGGUCCCUCUCGUCCCCUAUAUCAAAGGUCCUCUGUGGGAGUCGGUCAUAGGUCAAUGUGAAUAUGAUGCUUUCAAGCCGUACCGUAUACAGUUAUUUAAUGAUACGCAAUACCCAAUCGACCCCUUCACUUUCGUCGCAAAGACUGCCGAAGAAAUCCAGCAACUAAAUGAUGAGUCCAAGUUCGCAGUUCCCUCCCUACCCAAUCGGCUAUCAGGAAACAACGGCGUUGCAGAGUCAUCAGCUGCUGCUACUCAGGCUCCAGCGAACAAGCGUGCUACCCUAGCGUCCACGCCGAAGACCACAUUUCCCGAUGCACAUGUCCCUCUACUCAUCAGCAAGAUCAUGACUUUAGCGACGGCAAACCUUACAUUUAUCGUGGAAAGCGUUCACCAGGAGCUUCGCGCGCAUAAGGUGAAGAAGAAUGCGAUCGAGGCGAAAAUACGGGAGGUAGCAAAGAAAUCCAAGGAAAAGAAAAUAUGGGUUAUCAGCGAAGGGCAACAGCUAUGAUCGUUGAUUCCCUCUUAACACAAUACCUGAACCAGCAUUUUAAGUGCUCGUGGUUUGAUUACG